CGUCUUUCACUCACCAAUUAUUUAAUGAGAUCCUAUUAGUAGGGAAUUUGAGAUAGAAGUGUAACACAUGGUUCUUGCUGUCAAGAGACUUGGAAACUUGGAGCCUAGAAGAAAUACACAUGAAUCAAAAGUUACAGAAAUUAAAUCACAUGAAACAAGAGUUGUUCAAAGUAUAGAACCUGAUCAACUGGCAACUGAGUGAUACAGAGAGUAAUUUUUCUGAGGCCUGAAGAGAAAGCGGGAGGUGGGAAUUCUCUUGAAAACAAGAUUUUGGUGACACAAUUGCCCAUGCUUGUGGCGAACAACAAUGCGGUCAACCUUAGCUGCAAGUAUACCUACGACCUCUUCUCAAAGGAGUUCCGGGCAUCCCUUUAUAAAGGAGUGGACAGUGCCAUGGAAGUCUGUGUUGUGAGUGGGAAUUAUUCCCAUCAGCUUCAGUUUCACUCAAAUACAGGGUUCCACUGUGAUGGGAAGUUGAGUAACGAAACAGUGACUUUCUCCCUCUGGAAUUUGUAUGUUAAUCAAACAGAUAUUUACUUCUGCAAAAUCGAGGUUAUGUAUCCUCCUCCUUACCUAGACAAUGAGAAGAGCAAUGGAACCAUAAUCCAUGUGAAAGAGAAAAAUAAUUGUUCAGGUCCACAGCUUAUUGAGUAUUCUAAGCCCUUUUGGGCGCUGACGGUGGCUAGUGGAAUCCUGGCUUUCUAUGGCUUGCUAGUGACAGUGGCCCUUUUUGCUUAUUGGAUGAAAAAUAAGAAUAACAGGCUCCUUCAGAGUGACUACAUGAACAUGACUCCUCGGCGGCCCGGGCCCACCCGCAAGCACUACCAGCCCUACGCGCCAGCUCGCGACUUUGCGGCAUACCGCUCCUGACAUGGAGGCCUAUCCAGAAGCCAGCCGGCUGGCAUCCCUCCCUCUGCUCAACAUCACUGCUCUGGAUAGGAAAGUACUUCUUCAGCCGGCUACCUCAGGACCCUGGCAGGCCACCAAUGCCAAUUUGUCUUGAGGGACUAGACCACAGGUAGAGAUCAUUUUGAGACUCUGAAAUGAAGUUAAAGAAACUUCCUGUGGCAGUUUAAGUCUUGCAGUGCCAUGACUCAAAUUCAAACUUACCAUCUAUUUAUUGACUUGAUUGAGAUGUUAGGGUAGAAAACAAAAACUGGGUAGAUUUUGUUAGCCUUGAAACCUGCUUCCAAGAUGCUGGCUGAGCCAGUCCUUUCUCAUUCCCUUGCACAUCCCAAUCAAGUAGUGUGUGAUAUACAAAUACUUUUUGAAGAAGAAAAGCUAGGAAAUCACUCCUUUUGGUUAAAUAGGUUUAAGGUGAGAGUGGAGGAGUAGGUAGGGAGACUUAAAUAUUUAAAAGCCCUCAAAACACUGUCUUCUCAUCAAAAUGAGCCACUCAGUUCCUAUUUAAUCCAUUUUCCUUUUAGUUUGGAAUAAAGACAUUGUCUUUGGUGAAUUCAUACCAUAUUUGGUUGUUUUGAUCAAUGGGAGCUCCUCAAAGCAAUGCUAGGCAAGCUGAUUUGCUUUCCUCACUUCCUGUCAUGGGAUUCAGUGUUCACAAUAUGAUCUUGAAAGGAUAAAAUAGUCUCCCACCAGGGAAGAAUGUGUCAGAAGAUAAAAUCACUUUAUGCCAAAAAUAUUAGAAUAUGAUGAAGAAUUAUUCAUUAGCAUCUCACUUCAGUCAACUCAUAGGGGCUUUUCUGUCCUAUUGUUUCUAUCUUACAUAGUGGUCUCUUCAUUGCCUCCAUUGAGGUCUGAUGUGGGAUUUUGAAUGAGAAUCCGUAGGAGAAGUGAGGAUCUGUGAAGAAGGGGUAUUAGCAUUCAUUAGAUAUGAGGGAGGAGUCCCUGUAAGCUUCUUCUGAAGGAGGUUAGGAUGGAAGGGAAUGACACAAUUCUUGUCAUGUGCCAUGGAAUUGGUUUUAUUUUAGCAGGUGUUAAGUUUUCCAGAAGGUGUCAGGCAGAAGGAACCCUGGGAAGAGUUCCUUUACAGGAAAUUUUUUUUGUGCCUUAGGGUUCAGAGUUUCAGAACCCUGUGGAUUCAAUUGCCUGUGAACCCUGGAGGCCCAUUGACUUGGAAACACAUUUUGAAGUGUGUAUUUGGAGACUUCUAAGUUCUCAAGAGACUCUGCAAAGCGUGACUCUGGAAUGACCAUGGAUAUUUUUCUAUCUUCAGGUUGGGUCAACUGGAUUAUGCCUGGGACCUUAAAGAAUGACUCUAUUUUUGCCUUUAUAGUUUGUUCAGUGGUUCAUUUUAUUCAGGUGUUAGAGGAACCUAGGUCUUUGAGGCAGGUGAUCUAGUUCAAGUUACAUUAUUAGCUGAAUGCACAUCUAAGACUAUGAUUCUUCAACUACGAAAGGAAAAAAUGCUCACAAAUGUCUGCUCCUAUGCUAUUAUCCACAUGGGGGCAUGGAACGAAACUGUCUUUAUCUUUGCUUAUCCCUGGCUUUUAGCAUCAUCCUGACAUAUAAUUUUAGCUAUUAAUACUAUGACCACAUAGAUAAAUUAUGCAUAAAAAUUAAGUUGGGCCAUGACUUAAUAAGAGAAGGAAAACAAUACACAAAUUUAAACCCACUACCCAGGGAUGAGGUGCUAUAGUAAAUAAGAACCUCUUAACUUCCACCAUUUUCCUGUUUCUUGAAAUACAUUCUCUAGUAAUAAAUGAUAGGACAUUUCCCCUAACUUUUGUGUAUAUAAAGAGGACUUUUAACUCUUUUUUAAUGUGAGGAGCAGGGUAGGGAUGAUAAUAAUUUGAUUCCAGACAGAAAAUAUUGUGCUUUGGUUGAUUUUAAAUUGGACUUCGAAGAAGGUCAAACUCAGCAGUACUGGGUGAUGAGGGACUGUUGACUUUACAUUGCACUGUGCCACCUGCCAGCCUUUGGGCAGAGUUCUUCAAUACUAGUUAUCCAAUUGUAUUUAAAAAUGAUGAAGCUAGGGAAGUUUUAGAAAGGGCAGUGGCAAAUAAUAAAUAGAAGCAUUUUGUAAAUGGAAAGAUUUGAUCUUAAGUAAUAAGUGGUUUUAUUUUCUAACUGGAAAAAUAGGUUUACUAAAGAUGAAUCACAUUUGAGAUUUUUCUUACUCACUCUGAAUGGAACCAAAGUAAAAAUGUUACACAGGGAAGUCUAUUUUCACUAUUAGUAUGAACCAAGAAAUGGUUUAAAAACAGUUGGUUGGAGCGAUGCUUUCAUAGUUUCAGAUAUGAUAAUUAUGAAGAAAACAAUGUCAUUUGCUGCUAGUGUUGUCAGAGUCCUAUAAUUAAUGAUAUGCCUGUAAUUUUUUAUUGUAAACUCAUGUAAUUUUAGACUGAGCAUGCCAAUUUAAAGUGACCAAGUGUACAUUAUAUUCUGUGUAUUCAGUGAUAAAAUUACUAAACUACCAUGUGCAUGUUUUAAAAUUUGUGCUUUAAUAUUGUUUUAAGAGUAGGUAUGAUUCACUUUGGCAAUCAAUCUGGGGAAAAUGCCAUUUAAAAGAGGGAUGGGAUAAGUCCUUUUAUGACUCUCUAAUUCAACCUCUUAACAAAAGAACUAGACUUUCAAAUGUUAAUUUUAUUUCAAGCAAAGUACACUUCUGGUGUGCUUUCUUCAAUCACAUUUUCUCAACAGGACAAUGAUUUACCUCUGAGAUGUCAGACUGGCUUACCCAUGCAUUCUGUGUGAUGUGAAUGUUCUA